AUGAAAUUUCACAUUAAACUAUUCGAUUUGGUCCCAGCGCGGUUCAACAUCGCCCUGAUGAUGUUCUUUGCGUGUUGGAUCAAUUACAUGAUGAGAGUCAAUAUGAGUGUUAAUAUUAUCGCCAUGGUACCCGAUACUUCUGGAUCUGCCUCGGUGAAAAGCGAAUGCGAGGCCAUCGUGACCAAUGACACUUCGUUGUACAACACUACGGUAGUCACCAAGCGAGAACUCCGACAGCCAGAGGGUGUGGUUACCUUCGAAUGGACAACCCAGCAACAGGCGUACGUUCUUUCCGGCUACUUUUGGGGUUAUGCGAUUACUUGCUUGGUUGGUGGUACGGUAGCAGAGUUCUGGGGUGCAAGGAAAUUGGUGUUCAUCACGAUGUUGCUGAGCGGUAUUCUUACAAUCCUAAGUCCUCAGGCAGCUAAACUCCACUACUUGGCUCUGGUGGCAUUAAGAUUUGUCAGCGGACUCCUAGCGGGUGUCUUGUUUCCUUCAUUGCACGCUUUGGUGGCACGCUGGGCUCCACCGGCAGAAAAGGGGAAAUUUGUGAGCUCGCUCCUAGGCGGUGCAAUAGGAACAGUCGUUACAUGGUCGUUAACAGGACCUUUAAUUGAAAACUUUGGAUGGGAUUACGCUUUUUAUGUCCCCGGAGCUAUUACACUAGUGUGGUGUUUGUUUUGGUUGUACUUAGUACACGACUCGCCUGUGCAACAUCCUCGUAUUUCUGAAAGUGAGAAGAAAUACAUUCUUGAGGCGAUUGGCGAUAAAGUUCAACAGAGUAAGGAUAACAAGAUCGUACCACCAUUCAGAAAGAUUUUGACUUCGUUUCCCUUCCUCGCUAUGGUUGUAUUACAUUACGGCAGCAAUUGGGGCUUGUACUUCGUGAUGACGGCCGCACCAAAAUUCGUGUCAAGUGCUCUCGGUUUUAACCUAACGUCAACCGGAACACUGUCCUCAUUGCCGUACCUCGCCAGAAUGAUAUUCUCUCUCAUAUUCGGAGCCAUCGGUGACAGGAUCGUGAAACAAAACGUAGUCUCCACGACGUUCAUGAGAAAGUUCUUCUGCCUGUUCUCUCACGUCGUGCCAGGUCUUCUACUAAUCGCGCUGGGUUACACUGGUUGUGCGCCCAUCCUUUCCGUAGCUCUCAUCACCUUCUCCAUGGGCUCGAAUGGAGCUGCCACCCUUACUAAUCUUGUAAACCAUCAGGAUCUGGCACCAAACUUUGCUGGUACUCUGUAUGGUAUUGCCAAUGGAAUCGGAAACACCGCUGGAUUUGUUACGCCACUCGUAACUGCUUACUUUACCAAAAAUGGGAACGGUUUCGCAGAGUGGCGUCCAGUAUUCAUAACAGGAGCGUCGUUGUACAUUGCGUCAGCCUGCUACUUCAUUUUAUUCGGCACUGGCGAAACACAAUCAUGGAAUUACGUGGCUCCUGUCGAGGAUGAAGAGGACAAAAGACCACCCGAGACCAGAGAGGAGAAUAAUACGGACACAACUGUUACGGUUGCACCUAAGACAUAG